AUGUCUCCAGCCAUGACCAUCUUGCUGCCCCUCUCGGCAGCAGCCUUUGCAGAUGCGGGUUCCCUGCCGCCUCCUGGGCCGCUGCCCUGCAGUGCCUGCCUUUGGGCGGCCAAAGCCUUGCGAGCAGCGCUUUUGGAGAAGAUGCCAAAGCGCGUCAAGGCGAAGCAACGGAGGAGCUUAGCGGAGGAGGCGCUUGCGGGCGCGGCGGACGCUUGCGCUGCCAGGCGGUUCCCGAAGCAGGUGGUGCUGUGGGAGCCGCCAUCGUCUGGGCGAGAGAGGACGCCGCCGAGCUAUCAAGACUUUGACGAUGUGCGCGGUGGCAAGUCGAACUCUCUCACGAGCGAACAUUUCCAGCUUCUGGGGACCAGCCAGGCCGCGAAGGGCAACCUCACCGAGCUGUGUGCUAUGCUCGUGAGGACUUUUGCCGAGGACAUGGUCGACAAAGCAGCUCGGCACGAGGGCCGCAUGUAUGGGGCGCUCACCGAGCAUUGGCUGUGUUUCCGGAAAGCACAGCUCUGCACCAUGAAGGAGGCGCCCCCGGGCAAGGACGACGAUGAUGAAGAGGAGUUGUAG